CCGUCAUUUUCUGGGACCUGUCAUGUCUGCCGUCUCUGGUUAUCUCCUGUACUAUGUCCACAGUCUCCGGUCAUCUCCUGUACUACAUCUGCAGUCUCUGGUCAUCGCCUGUAGUACGUCCGCAGUCUCUGGUCAUCUCCUGUAGUAUGUCUGCAGUGUCUGGUCAUCUCCUGUAGUAUGUCCGCAGUCUCUGGUCAUCUCCUGUACUGUGUCCGCAGUCUCUGGUCAUCUCCUGUACUAUGUCCGCAGUCUCUGGUCAUCUCCUGUACUAUGUCCGCAGUCUCUG